UUUCUUCGUGUUGGCAGCAACGUAUUUAUAAAAGUAAGUGGAAUUUUUCAUUUUCCACAAUGCACUACAAUGUUUUUUGCAUGUGCAUUGUGGGAUUUGUGUUACUAGUGCCGGCAGCUGAUAUAUUGUAAAUAAUAAUAUUGCAUGACGCAUAUGCAUACGAGUGUCAACUAUUGCACAAUAUAGCAGGGGAAUUACCUAAAUCUAUGCGAAUGUGGAUUUGGUUGGAAUAACCUACAGUCGCUCCAGUGCCAUUCAUCAUGGACAAGCCCGAUUACGUACCUAGAAGUUACCAAAAUCAAUUGAUAAAGAUUGCUGUCGAAAGAAAUUCCAUAAUAUUUCUUCCUACUGGCAGCGGGAAAACUUUCAUAGCGGUGUGUGUCCUCAAGGAAUUCGCUAAAAAUGAUUUCGAAAAGUGUUAUAGUGAUGGUGGAAAAAUUAGUAUUGUUAUUGCAAAUACUGUGGCGUUGGUCCAGCAGCAUGCAAAGUACUUUGAAUUGCACACUCCAUUUAAGGUUGGUCAUUACAUUGGAAGCAUGGGCCUGGACUUUUGGAGCCAUGAUAUAUGGCUGAAGCAAUACAAUGAACAUAAUGUUCUUAUAAUGACUCCUCAAAUAUUGUUGAAUAAUAUUCAAAGCAGUUUUAUAGAUAUGACCAAAAUAAACCUGAUGAUCUUUGACGAAUGUCACAGGGGAGUUGAUGAUCAUGCCAUGCGGCAAAUCAUGAUUCUUUUCCAGUCUUCUGCCGCGAUUCCACGUAUCGUUGGUCUAACUGCAACUUUAUUGAAUGGUAAUGUGAAAAGCCAUCAAGUAUUAGAUCAAAUUAAGAAGCUGGAAACUACCUUUCACGCCAGAGUUGCCACCGUCGAUCACAUUGAUUUUAUUGCAGGUUUCAGUACAAAUCCUCAGGAGGACUUGAUCCCCUACGUAUCUGAUGAGUUGACGGAAUUGCAGCAAAUAGCUAUAAACAAAUUAAAUAGCUUGGAUUUAAAGAUACGAAAAAUGAAAACAACCAAGGAAGCGCCUUCCAAUUUGCGUUUUCUAGAAAACAAGAGCUUGUACAAGAAGUAUGCAUGUAUUUGCUUAGAUGCAGCAUACCAUGUUGAACUUCUGGGAAUUGGCGGGUCGUACAUCGCGUUCAUCUCUUAUUUGGUCAAUUUGAAUUCUGAGAUGUGUACAGCCACUAAUCCGAUUGAGCGGUUGCUGCUGGAGUCGAUGAUCUCUUUGUUCACAGAUCUGAAGGAUAUGUUCCAGAGAGAAAUGGGCGACACAAUGAGCAGUGUUCGUUUACUAAAGUACUCUUCAAAGAAGGUAUUGAGGUUGGUGCAGCUGUUGCAAGAUCAUAAAGAGGCGUCAAACGAGGAAAUGUGUGGUAUCAUAUUUGUUCAGCGUCGAAAUACCGCAGUUUUCCUUUAUCACAUCCUGCAGGAUAUGUUGAAGUAUUUUAAGAAUUUUGACUUCAUCAGGCCAGACUUCAUAUUUGGAUUCACAGCGAAAGCGAUGAAGUCAACCAAGGAGCCUCUGUACAUAACGAAAAUGAAUAAGAAGGCUAUCGACAGUUUUCAAAACAAGGAAGUGAACCUUCUGAUUGCUUCCAACGUUAUCGAAGAGGGCAUCGAUGUGCCCACCUGCACUGUAGUAAUCAAAUUUGAUCAUCCUACGAAUUACAGAGAGUACGUCCAAUCUAAGGGUCGAGCUAGACAUAAUACAAGCUGUUAUUACAUAAUGGUUAAUAGUGAUGUGAGUCAACAGUUCAAGAAGUCUUACAUCAACUAUAGGUAUAUUCAAGAGCAAAUAAAUAAGUACUUGAUUGGGAAAAACGACAUAAGGAGAAAUCCAACUCAGCAGGAAAUCCAAAAUAUGUAUAAUGAGAUCAAACCGUAUUACGUGAAUGGACCGGGAAGCGCCUGUGUGACAUUGAUAUCGGCGAUUCCUUUGCUGAUGAUGUAUUGUCAAUCUCUUCCGUCUGAUUCGUAUACCUUAUACGAUCCAAUCUUCUAUUUGGAUGAACAAGUUGAAAACUUUACUACAAAGUAUCGUGUCUUGAUAGAGAUGCCAAUGUUAUGCCCUAUAAAGGAUCGUAUUGCGGGUGACUUUACGGCCAAUAAAAAUGAUGCGAAGAGAUUGGCUGCGUUCACGGCGUGUCUGAUAUUGCAUCAAAUGAAAUUGCUAGACGACAAUUUGAUUCCAGUUCGUAAAGAAAGUGUGCUCGACUCGACGAAAUUUUUGUUCGCUCAUUGGCCAGAGACAGUAGAGAACGAUGCGGGUCAUGGUAAAUGGCGAGUCUAUGAUAAGCGAGUGCCUUUAGCAUUAGAAUAUAGCAUUAAGGAUCGAUGCUAUUUACAUAUCAUCAACCUGACUCCAGUUUUUCAAGAUGCUGCCAGUGACUUGGCUAAACAAGUUUUUGCGGAAUUGUAUACGAACGAUCUAUCGUUCGGAAUCGUUACAGCGACUCCUUUACCAGAUAUUUGCCAGUUUCCGCUCUUUAUGGGAUGCGGCGAAAUACGAGUUGAUCUGCAAAUCAACCAACGUACGUACCAGUUUAAGGAUGGUCAAAUAAACAAAAUUCAAGAGUUUCAUCAUUUAAUCUUCAACGAUAUAGUCGAUAUCAUCAAGAGAUUUUUGGUGAUUGGAGAUGGAGGCAAAAACAUGUACGUGGUUCCAGUUAACAAAAAUAGUAAAGACAUUGAUUUUGAGGUGAUCAAUACGUAUAAAUCCAUUAAAGAUUUUUCGGUUGUACCGAAAUCAGGUGAUCGGUUAGUAUUAGAUAUGCAGAACCUUGAUCAGUAUAAGGGAAAUAUCGUAAUUCCUUGGUAUCGCAUGGAAGAUAAGCAGUAUGUCGUGCUUGAAGUUUGCGAAUAUCUGAGUGCAGAUAGUAAAUUUCCCAAUGAGGAUUUCCUUACCUACAAAGAUUAUUUCGAGGAGAAAUAUUACGAUACAAAUAUUAUGUAUCCCAAUCAACCACUGCUAAAGGUGAAAGCAAUAUCGUCACGUCUGAAUUGUUUAAUGCCGCGCGGAAAUAGCAAGAAACGUACCAGAGAAGCCGAAUUCGAGGAUACGGAAAUGCAUUUGAUUCCUGAGCUCUGCACCAAGCAAGAUGUGCCCGGUUGCCUUUGGCUGCAGUCAAAGUUACUACCAAGUAUCCUGCACAGAAUAUCGCAACUACUUCGAGCGGAGCACCUACGUCAACGUAUCUCGUUCGAAGCAAAUCUUGGAGAGGUGGAUGUGUUACCAGGAAAUAGAAAUUGGGAACCGCUGAAAGUGGACAUGAAUAUUAUACAUUAUGAAACUGACGUCGUUGAAGAAGCUAUGCAAAAGAGAAGGAAAUCUAACGAGGAUUCGGAGAUUUUAGUAACGAUCGGUGCGUCUGAUCUGAGUGAAUUGACUGCGAAUAAAGAAUACGUUGAACGUAUUGAGAA